CAGCCCCGCCCCGCACGGCCAGGAGAAGCAGAGCCGGCCGUGCGGUGAGUGUGUAUGUGCUCGCGGGGCACGGUCUCAGCCCCGGGAAGAUGGUGGCGGCGGCGGCGGAGACUGAGGCGAGGCUGAGGAGGAGGACGGCGGCGACGACAGCGCCCGUGGGCAGGAACGGCGGGCCGCUCCGGGACUGGGACGCGACGGGGGCUGGAAGGCCGGGACUGGGGGCCGGGCUGCGCCUCCCGCGGCGGCUGCUGCUGCUCCCGCCGCUGCUGCUGCUUCCCUGGGCUGCUGAGGCCGCGGCGGUAGCGGCGGCGGUGUCGGGCUCAGCCGCAGCCGAGGCCAAGGAAUGUGACCGCCCCUGUGUCAACGGCGGCCGCUGCAACCCUGGCACCGGCCAGUGCGUCUGCCCCGCCGGCUGGGUGGGCGAGCAAUGCCAGCACUGCGGGGGCCGCUUCAGACUAACUGGAUCUUCUGGGUUUAUAACAGAUGGACCUGGAAAUUAUAAAUAUAAAACGAAGUGCACAUGGCUCAUUGAAGGACAGCCAAAUAGAAUAAUGAGACUUCGUUUCAAUCAUUUUGCUACAGAAUGUAGUUGGGACCAUUUAUACGUUUAUGAUGGGGACUCAAUUUAUGCACCCCUAGUUGCUGCCUUUAGUGGCCUCAUUGUCCCUGAGAGAGACGGCAACGAGACUGUCCCUGAAGUCGUUGCCACAUCAGGUUAUGCCCUGCUGCAUUUUUUUAGUGAUGCUGCUUAUAAUUUGACUGGAUUUAAUAUCACUUACAAUUUUGACAUGUGUCCGAAUAAUUGCUCAGGCCGUGGAGAAUGUAAGAUCAGUAAUAACAGCAACACUGUUCAGUGUGACUGUUCUGAAAACUGGAAAGGUGAAGCAUGUGACAUUCCUCACUGUGUAAAUAACUGUGGUUUUCCUCAUCGAGGCAUCUGCAAUUCGAGUGAUGUCAGAGGAUGCUCCUGCUUCUCAGAGUGGCAGGGUCCUGAAUGUUCAGUUCCUGUACCAGCUAACCAGUCAUUUUGGACUCGAGAGGAAUUUUCUAACCAAAAGCUUCCCAGAGCCUCUCACAAAGCUGUGAUCAAUGGAAAUAUAAUGUGGGUUGUUGGAGGAUAUAUGUUCAACCACUCAGAUUACAACAUGGUUCUAGCGUAUGACCUUGCUUCUAGAGAGUGGCUUACACUGAACCGUUCUGUGAACAAUGUGGUUGUUAGAUAUGGACAUUCUUUAGCAUUAUACAAGGAUAAAAUUUAUAUGUAUGGAGGAAAAAUUGAUUCAACGGGGAAUGUGACCAAUGAGUUGAGAGUGUUUCAUAUUCAUAAUGAGUCAUGGGUCUUGUUGGCCCCUAAAGCAAAGGAGCAAUAUGCAGUGGUCGGGCACUCGGCACACAUUGUCACUUUGAAAACUGGCCAAGUGGUCAUGCUGGUUAUCUUUGGUCACUGCCCUCUCUAUGGAUAUAUAAGCAGUGUGCAGGAAUAUGACUUGGAUAAGAACACAUGGAGUAUAUUACAAACCCAGGGUGCCCUUGUCCAAGGGGGCUAUGGCCAUAGCAGUGUCUAUGACCAGAAGACGCGGGCCCUGUAUGUUCAUGGAGGCUACAAGGCUUUCAGCGCCAACAAAUACCGGCUUGCUGAUGAUCUCUACAGAUACGAUGUGGACACCCAGAUGUGGACCAUUCUUAAGGACAGCCGAUUUUUCCGUUACUUGCACACAGCUGUGAUAGUGAGUGGAACCAUGCUGGUGUUUGGAGGAAACACACACAAUGACACAUCCAUGAGCCAUGGAGCCAAGUGCUUCUCUUCAGAUUUCAUGGCUUAUGACAUUGCUUGUGACCGAUGGUCAGUGCUUCCCAGACCUGAUCUCCACCACGAUGUCAACAGGUUUGGCCAUUCAGCAGUCUUAUAUAACAGUACCAUGUAUGUAUUUGGUGGCUUCAACAGUCUCCUCCUCAGUGACAUCCUGGCAUUCACCUCGGAACAGUGUGAAGCACACCAGAGUGAGGCUGCUUGUCUGGCAGCAGGACCUGGCAUCCGGUGUGCAUGGGACACAGGGUCAUCUCAGUGUGUCUCCUGGGAGUUGGCAACUGAUGCACAGGAAGAAAAGUUAAAAUCAGAAUGUUUUUCCAAAAGAUCUCUUGACCAUGACCGAUGUGACCAGCACACGGAUUGUUACAGCUGCACAGCCAACACCAACGACUGCCACUGGUGCAACGACCAUUGUGUCCCUGUGAACCACAGCUGCACAGAAGGCCAGAUCUCCAUUUUCAGAUAUGAUAAUUGUCCCAAGGAUAACCCCAUGUACUACUGUAACAAGAAGACCAGCUGCAGGAGCUGUGCCCUGGACCAGAACUGUCAGUGGGAGCCCCGGAAUCAGGAGUGCAUCGCGCUGCCUGAAAAUAUCUGUGGCACUGGCUGGCAUUUGGUCGGAAACUCAUGUUUGAAAAUUACUACUGCCAAGGAGAAUUAUGACAAUGCUAAAUUAUCCUGUAGGAACCACAAUGCCUUUUUGGCUUCUCUUACAACCCAGAAGAAGGUAGAAUUUGUCCUUAAGCAGCUGCGAAUCAUGCAGUCAUCACAGAGCAUGUCCAAGCUCACCUUAACCCCAUGGGUUGGCCUGCGGAAGAUCAACGUGUCCUACUGGUGCUGGGAAGAUAUGUCCCCAUUCACCAAUAGUUUGCUACAGUGGAUGCCGCAUGAGCCCAGUGAUGCUGGAUUCUGUGGAAUCUUGUCAGAACCCAGUACUCGGGGCUUAAAGGCUGCAACCUGCAUCAACCCACUCAAUGGUAGUGUCUGUGAAAGGCCUGCGAACCACAGCGCCAAGCAGUGCCGGCCACCGUGUGCCUUGCGGACGGCAUGUGGAGAGUGCACCAGCGGCAGCUCAGAGUGCAUGUGGUGUAGCAACAUGAAGCAGUGCGUGGACUCCAAUGCCUACGUGGCCUCCUUCCCUUUUGGCCAGUGUAUGGAGUGGUAUACCAUGAGCAGCUGCCCCCCUGAAAAUUGUUCAGGCUACUGUACCUGUAGUCACUGUUUGGAGCAACCAGGCUGUGGCUGGUGUACUGAUCCCAGCAAUACUGGCAAAGGCAAAUGCAUAGAAGGCUCCUAUAAAGGACCAGUGAAGAUGCCGUCUCAGACCCCUCAGACAGGGAAUUUCUAUCCACAGCCCCUUCUCAAUUCCAGCAUGUGUCUGGAGGACAGCAGAUACAACUGGUCUUUCAUUCAUUGUCCAGCUUGUCAGUGUAAUGGCCACAGCAAAUGCAUCAAUCAGAGUAUCUGUGAGAAGUGUGAGAACCUGACCACGGGCAAGCACUGUGAGACCUGCAUAUCUGGCUUCUAUGGUGAUCCCACCAAUGGGGGAAAAUGUCAACCGUGCAGGUGCAAUGGGCAUGCAUCGCUGUGCAAUACCAACACGGGCAAGUGCUUCUGCACCACCAAGGGCGUCAAGGGGGAUGAGUGCCAGCUAUGUGAGGUAGAAAAUCGAUACCAGGGAAACCCUCUCAAAGGAACAUGCUAUUAUACUCUUCUUAUUGACUAUCAGUUCACCUUUAGCCUAUCCCAGGAAGAUGACCGCUAUUACACAGCCAUCAAUUUUGUGGCUACACCUGAUGAACAAAACAGGGAUUUGGACAUGUUCAUCAAUGCCUCCAAAAACUUCAACCUCAACAUCACCUGGGCCCCCAGCUUCUCAGCUGGAACCCAAGCUGGAGAAGAGAUGCCCGUUGUUUCAAAAACCAACAUUAAGGAGUACAAAGACAGCUUCUCUAAUGAGAAGUUUGAUUUUCGCAACCACCCAAACAUCACUUUCUUUGUUUAUGUCAGUAAUUUCACGUGGCCCAUCAAAAUUCAGAUUGCCUUCUCCCAGCACAGCAAUUUUAUGGACCUGGUACAGUUCUUCGUGACUUUCUUCAGUUGUUUCCUCUCUUUGCUCCUGGUGGCUGCUGUGGUUUGGAAGAUCAAACAAAGUUGUUGGGCUUCCAGACGUAGAGAGCAACUUCUUCGAGAGAUGCAGCAGAUGGCCAGUCGUCCCUUUGCCUCUGUAAACGUUGCCUUGGAAACAGAUGAAGAGCCUCCUGAUCUUAUUGGGGGGAGUAUAAAGACUGUUCCCAAGCCCAUCGCCCUGGAGCCAUGUUUUGGCAACAAAGCUGCCGUCCUCUCUGUGUUUGUGAGGCUCCCUCGAGGCCUCGGUGGAAUUCCUCCUCCUGGGCAGUCAGGUCUCGCAGUGGCCAGCGCCCUGGUGGACAUUUCUCAGCAGAUGCCAAUAGUAUACAAAGAGAAGUCAGGAGCGGUGAGAAACCGGAAGCAGCAGCCCCCUGCGCAGCCUGGGACCUGCAUUUGAUGCUGGGGCCAGGACUCUCCGUGGGCGUGAGCAAGGUGUGGCGCGCCAGAGCCUUCUGCAGGGAGGGAGCAGGCAGGGAGACGCUGUGUGGGGCAGAAGACUGGAAACCCUCGAAACAUCCACCUCAUCUGCAUGUUCACAAGCUUUCUUUGACGGUUUCUCCCAUCUGUGCUCCAGCAUCUAACCUUUUACUUUUGCAUAGGAAAUAACUGGUUUAGUUACAGGUCCGGGGGGAUCCAGUGUUUGCUGGAGGAGGCCGGUGCAGAGCCAGUGAGAGAGCUGGGAAUGACACUCAGGUCCACUUGUGGAAAACUGGUCUUGGGACUGUCUCAACUGUGCAAAAAACAAAAGAUGUAGUGUUUACAAGUAGACCCUUGUCAUCAGUCAUUCUUGAACCUGGUCUUUUAAAAACUACUCAGAUGAAUUAACUUGUUUUCAUCUGAAGCCUGCUAUCUUUGUUAAAAGAUGUGCUAUUUAUUCUUGCACGAUUUAGGCAAAUCUCUCUCUUCCAGGGAGUAGCUUUUUUCUAGCUGAGAAUUAAUAACGGUCCAUCUCUUCUGAAUCAUAAGGUAGAAGGGGGUAUUUUAAAUGUCAGGGUCAGCAGUGUUACUUGGAAUGUAAACUGAUAUAAUGGGUAGUUUCCUGUAGCAACUUGAUUAGUUUAGUCGUAAUCCAUUUGAGGUUCUCUCUUUUUCUCUUCCUCCCCCACCUUCACACACACACAUGCACACACACACGUGCACACACACACACUAAGUGCCUAGACUUUAAAUAGAUCUAGCAAUUGGAAAGUUAGUAAGCAUUAAGUUUUUACAUAAUUGCAUUCCAACAUUCUUAUAAAACUUAAAUAGCUAUCAUUGGCAAUCUGCUCUUUUUCUAACAUCUAAUUUGCAGCCAGGAAAGAAUUUUCUCACCCCAAGGAACAUUUAACAUAGCAGCAGGGAUUGAGAGGAAAGCAGAGAUGACCUAACUAUGAAAGCUCCUGAUUUUAUUAUUAUCAAAAAGGACACUACAGAAGGCACAUUCCCUGCGUGUCUCCCGGCCCCGGGUCACUCCAGGCCCGAUGUUUGCUUCAGUCCUUCUGGCCACUCCUGCCAGGGCACCGCAGCGGAAGGGACUCGCUCAUGUACCCUGUCUCCCUUGAGCAGAAAAGAACGUGACAGCACUUGGGACCCCUGGAUCAAAGAGUGGCUCUGUGCCCGUGGCCUGCUCUGAGCUGGUGGUUCGUUCUCAGGCUGCAGGUGGAGUCACACCCCAGGAGGGAAGCGGUCUCCGGCUGUCAGGCAGAGCCUGCCCAAAGCCUGGAGAAGGACCUGGAGCUGUUUGCCCUCUUUCCUCCCGUUGGGGCUCAGGGCUCCCAGGCAGUGGCUGUGGGGAGGACAGUGAACGCUGAUAAGGAUGAAAAGCACAUGGGGAAAAUGGACAAAGAAGGAAAACUAUGCCAAAUGGAAAGUGACCAAAUGUACGUGGGGUAGGGCUGUCCCUGCUCUUCUCCAGGGCACUGCCUGAACAUCGUGUUGUCCCCAUCCAUGGUGCUCUGUACUCUGGCUUUAUGCAGCAGCCUCCCAAGAUCUCUCUUCUGCUUCAAGACCCAGGGUUCUCUGGCAUCACCCUGGUGGGAUGGACCUUUAGACAGCAAUGCUCAAGUUUGUGAAUUCAGAGAAAUUAAUACUCAAAAGAGCAAAAACUGUGGCAUUUCACCUUUAUAUGCAGUGCCUAGAGAGGGAGUACUAUCUCUUCCCCAUCACUAACCCCACUCCCAUGAAGAAUUGCCUGGAAAGAUGUUUUCAAGGAUGUCGAACCAUAAAACACUGUCUGAUGCACAAAACACCUCGACUUUGAGCCUCGCCUCUCAAAAUGCUGCUUUUUUACAUCACUGUUAAAGAGCAGACGGUUCUAGAAAAGACCCCUCCUCUUACGAGGUCCCCACAUCCCUCCCCCAGAUCACAAGAUCGCAGCACCCACAGAGAGCCUGCCAUAGACUGGCCUUUCACCCCUGUAAUUACCACGAGGCCACUGGCGAGCACCCUCUGCCAGGGGAAGUCCUUGUUUGUUCAAAGAACCAGUGUUUCCUUGACAAAGAAGCCUCUUCCCCAUGGUAGUCCCAUGCCUUGAAAUAACAUGCAGUGUGUCCCACAGCCACCUGGUUACUUUUUUUUUUUCCUAAAAGAUAAUGUUUAUUUUUUAAAAGAAAGGAAGGAGUAAGUGAAGUUUAAUUCUGCUCCAGCAGGGGAGAAACAGCUGACUCCACCUGCUUCUCCUUUGCAGCCAGUAGCUAACAGCUUCCUCCAGGCUCAGGCCAGAAGAAGGGAAGAGCAAGAGAAAGAGACACCCAGCUUAGAGCCAGUUACCAAGAGGAUGGAGCUCCAGAGAAACGCCUGCGUGUCACCGGAGAGCCUGUAUAUAAAUUCAAAUAGUCAUGAAAACAUUGAUAUUGCACUUGUACAUAACUAUACAGUAGUGUCCGAAUGUUCAGACAUUCGGGGUGUACAUAAAACAAAAAUAUCUUAAUGUAUUUUUAUUAAACGUAACAGUGUCUGAGUUUCACCUACCAUAUUUUUGUGCCAUAUACUGGAAAUCCAGGUUCAGAGAUGUCCUCCCGUUAGGCCCUGAUAUGGUGGUAACAAAGCUGAGAAAGGCAUCCCCAUUGUGGCCAUGUGUUCAAAUGCAUCCGGGACCAAUUGGAGAACUCUGAGAGCAGGAAUCACAUCGGUGCACACGUGAAAAGGCGGGCAGUCGCUGGCAUUGGCUCCGCAAGUGAGCCGUGAGUCUCCCCGUUGUCCUCUUGGUGCUGCGGGUGGCCAGGGAUGGCCGGUCUCAUCCUGAGUCUUUAGGUUCAAGGACUAUACCUGUAGAUACCAGAUUUUCCAUAAAAGGGUUUUCCAGGCUGCAUUUUGUUGUGGUUUUGUCUAAAUUUUUAAUGACCAUUUCCCAGGACCAUAGUUUAUUUACUAUACUGAAAACUGGGGGAGGGAGUGGGUGGCUACUUUGUCAGUAAAUAGCUCCUGUUUCCCCAUGGGGAACCACACCCUUGCCUCCUGCACCUCCCACCCCCUCCCCACACAGCCUGGGGACAAAUCUGUGCUUCCCUGUGAGGGUCAUCUCUUAAAGUGGAAGGAGGUGUGGAGAGAAGGUAGCCCAUACUCCCCUGAGCUAGCCCAGAGGAAAAACAGCCCUGGACAGGAGACUGUCAGCAGAAAGAAAAUACUGGAAUAUCUGUGGGUGAGGCCUGAGGUGCAAGACUGGAGAUGCACUGGGAAAUCUGGGGCAAAUGGAAAGACCAGAGCACUGUCUAUAAAAAACAAAAGACGUUUUACCUUACGGUGCAAAUCUUGCUCCUUCAAUUUAAUGGAGUGUAUUUGAGGAGGGGGUGGAAGUGAUUCACUUCCUUGGGUGGUGGUGUGGUGGUCUUUUCAUUAACACCUUUGAUCCUUCAGUUUCAUUCAUUCAUCCAUUCAUUCACCAGAUAUUCACUAAGCACCUACUGACAACCUAAGCUAACGUUAAGGCAAUGACUGAGAUGGAGAAGAAGCUCUUCAAAAUUACCACAAAACCCAGCUCCUCAAACGCGUCAUCUCAGGAGACCUUUCUUUGUGGUGGUUUCUGUGAGAACUGGCCACCUGAGGACAGACCCAGGAAGACAGAGGGUCUGGCCUCAGGCCAUGCACCGGCUUUCAGUCUGAAAUGUUUACCCAGUUUACCAAAUGGCUCAAACCAUAAAAAUCACCAUGACGGUUCGUAGACAGCCAAGCCCACCGAGAGACACAUCCCCUAAGGUGUCUAAAUUAAUGAGCACCCUUGCCUGCAGGGAGACGACUGGAGAGGAAAACCGGCGCCUUCUCUUUUAAAGGCAAUAAUGGAACCGACUUUCAGUAACUGAAUUUGUGCACAAAACAUUCUAAACACUAGUGAAGCCUGUUUUGUUGAACUAAUUCUGGCUCUGGAAAUGUUUUUGUUUUAUAGUUAUUUACAGUUUUGUUUGGGAGUUUUUUGGUUUGGACUCAAGCUUAGUUUGUUAAUAUGUAUAAUUUAGCAUCUAUUGUACUCAUGUAAAUAUGGAGUAAGUAUUGUAAACUAUUUCAUUGCUGGGGAUUGUGGGUGUUAUACAUACAUUUAGGACUGCGAUUUUUUGGUAUUUUUUUGUAUUGUAAAAUAACAGCUAAUUUAAGCAGGAACAAGAGAAUUAAGGGAGGUCUGUGCAUUUUAAACACAAUGUGAAGAACUUGUAUAUAAACAAAAGUAAAUACUAUAAUACAAAUUUCCUUCUGAAAUAAAAGUAGAUCUGGUAAAAAUG